AACAAAAGACAGUGCGACUUUUUUGUGAUUACUGUUCCCUUUAAAUAAGUUUUCCGUGACUUCACUCGCCUCGUCUUUAGUGCAGCUGUUGCAGUUCAGUGCCACUUCCACCCUUUCUCUCGCGACAACAUUUCCAGAUUGUCUCUGCUAUUGUUCUUAUGUGGUGGGUGUCUUGUUGUAAGCUUUGAUCCAACAGACUGACUGAGAAGAGCAUAAUUCUCGGAAAUUGGAUUUGACGAUAUGAAGCCCACUUUGGCUCAGGCUCAGAGUAAUUGGGAAGCUGAUAAAAUGCUUGACGUUUAUAUUCAUGACUAUUUUGUGAAAAGAAAAUUACAUAAUGCUGCUAAAGCAUUUAUGACAGAAGGAAAAGUUUCCACAGACCCAGUAGCAAUUGAUGCACCUGGAGGAUUUCUUUAUGAGUGGUGGUCUGUCUUUUGGGACAUAUUCAUCUCGAGGACAAAUGAGAAACAUUCGGAGGCUGCCGCAUCUUACAUUGAGCAGACCCAGCAAAUAAAGGCCAGAGAACAACUUCAAAUGCAGCAAUUGCAACUAAUGCAGCAGCGCAAUGCACAGUUACAGCGAAGAGAUCCUAAUCAUCCCGCACUUGGUGGAUCCUUGAAUGCCAUGAACUCUGAAGGAAUGUUGGGCCAGCCGCCAGCAAGUGUGUUAGCCAUGAAAAUGUAUGAAGAACGAAUGAAACAUCCCCAAUCAAUGGAUUCAGACCCAUCUCCAACUCUUAGUGAUGCGAAUAGGAUGGCCCUUCUCAAAUCAGCUACAAGUCAUCAAGGCCAGUUGGUUCAUGGUAAUUCAGGGAAUAUAUCCACUGCCUUGCAGCAAAUUCAGGCACGGGCUCCUUUGACUUCUGACAUCAAAGGAGAAGUUAACUUAGGUUCCAGUCCGAAGAGUUUGGCUAUGGAUACAUCAGUUUAUCGACAAGCAAUUUUACAAUCAAAAUCCGGGUUAGGCAGUGCAGGAUUAAAUCAAGGAGUUACAAGUCUUCCAUUAAAAGGCUGGCCUCUAACUGGAAUUGAUCAACUAAGACCAAAUAUGGGUAUACAAGUUCAGAAACCUAAUUUGACAACCCAAAAUCAAUUCAUUUUGUCAUCACAACAACAACAGGGCUUGGCACAAGCUCAGGCACAAAACAACCUUGGAAGUUCCAAUUAUUUGGAUAUGGAUCCGCGUAGACUUUCUGCUCCUCCACGAGGUAGCGUAAAUGCAAAGGAUGGUCACUCUACCCGGAAUGAUGGAUCCAUGAGUUCCCAAAUGCAAUCAGGUUCACCUAAGCAGAUGAAGAUGGCCCAAUCACAACAUUCAUUAUCUCAACAGCAGGAGCAGCUGCAGCAGAAUAACAGGAAAAGAAAACAGCCUUCUUCUUCUGGAGCUGCCAAUAGCACUGGUACUGGAAACACGGCUGGUCCUUCGCCUAGUUCACCAGCAUCAACACACACACCUGGUGAUGGAUUAAAUACAGCAAGCAGCAUGCAGCAUGUUAACAGUGUGCAAAAGAGCAUGAUGAUGUAUGGUACAGAGGCAACAGGAGGCCUUGCAUCAUCUUCAAAUUUGCUGGAUGACAUUGAGCGACUUGGAGAUGUUGGUGCUUUAGAAGAUAAUGUGGAAUCCUUUCUAUCCAAUGAUGGAGGAGAUGGUGGCAAUCUUUAUGGAACAAUAAAACCAAGUCCUGCUGAGCAACAAAAAGAGUCUUCAAAAGGUUUCACCUUUGCUGAAUUUGGUUGCAUAAGAACAAGAAAUAGCACAGUUACUUGCUGUCACUUUUCAUCAGACGGAAAGAUGCUCGCUAGUGCUGGGGAUGACAAGAAGGUUGUCCUCUGGAACAUGGACACUUUACAGACAGAGAGCACUCCUGAACAACACAAAUCAGUUAUUUCUGAUGUCCGUUUUAGACCAAAUUCCUCUCAGUUGGCGACCGCCUCAAUUGAUAAAUCUGUGCGGUUAUGGGACGCAGCCAACCCAACCUAUUGUGUACAAGAAUAUAAUGGGCACAGUUCAGCUAUUAUGUCCCUUGAUUUCCACCCGAAGAAGACUGAUAUCUUCUGCUUCUGUGAUAGUGCAAAUGAAAUUCGGUAUUGGAACAUUACUUCAUCCUCCUGCACCCGUGUAUCUAAGGGAGGUAGUUCACAAGUGAGAUUUCAGCCUAGAAUUGGACAAGUACUAGCAGCAGCUUCUGAUAAAGUAGUGUCGAUAUUUGAUGUCGAAAGUGACAGACAAAUUUAUACACUCCAGGGUCAUCCUGAACCAGUAAACUCUAUUUGCUGGGAUGUGAAUGGAGAUUUCUUGGCAUCUGUGAGUCCAAAUUUGGUGAAGAUUUGGAGUUUGACCUCAGGAGAAUGCAUUCAGGAGCUCAGCUCCAGUGGCAACCAGUUUUAUUCCUGUGUUUUUCACCCGAGUUAUUCGACUUUGCUAGUGAUUGGAGGUUUUUCGUCCUUGGAGCUGUGGAACAUGGCUGAUAACAAAAGCAUGACAAUAUCCGCGCACGAGAGUGUAAUAUCUGCUUUGGCUCAGUCUCCAGUAACUGGAAUGGUUGCCUCUGCAAGUCAUGACAACUCUGUAAAAUUGUGGAAAUAAAUCAGAUUUUAGGUCCUAAUAUAUAUAUGUCUUAUAUUCUUUUAGCAGUCAACCUUGAUUUCGAAAGAAUUCAAGAGAUCUAUAUUGAAAGCAAAAAGGUGUCUUUGAACUUAGUUUGCAAUAAGUCUUACAACUAGCAUACAAAACAAUUUUGCAUUAUGUAUAAAAUCCUAAUUACUGCAACUUAGGUAUGCAAUUAAUCUGGAUUGCAGUUUUUUUAA